UAAUUAGUCUAAUACUAACAAAUUAUUAAUCGCGUUUAAUUAAUUAGUUUAAUACUAACAAACUAUCUAUCUCUAUAUAUAGAUAUUAACCCUAAUACGUAAGAAGAACACACUCACUUUUUCACAAGUUCUUCCUUUCAAUUUUCUUCUUCUUGUUCUAGGUUUUCAAAAAUCAAAUCAAGAUCAACAAAAUGUAUAAGGUAGCAAAAGCUUCAGAGUACCUUGUGAUAACUGGAGUCGGAAUCAAAGACAUCAAGCUUGCAAAGAAAGCAUGGAUUCUCCCCGGUCAAUCCUACACCGUCUUCGACCUUUCUCCGGUCAACUACACCUUCGAAGUUCAAGCAAUGAGCGCCGAGAAACUCCCUUUCGUUCUCCCCGCCGUCUUCACAAUCGGUCCUCGUGUCAAUGAUCACGAAAGCCUCCUCAAAUACGCCAAAUUGAUUUCACCACAUGAUAAGCUCUCCAAUCAUGUUAAAGAACUCGUUCAAGGAAUCAUCGAAGGCGAGACGCGUGUUCUCGCCGCUUCGAUGACGAUGGAAGAGGUUUUCAGAGGAACAAAGGAGUUUAAACAAGAAGUGUUUGAGAAAGUUCAACUUGAACUUAACCAAUUUGGAUUGUUGAUUUACAAUGCAAAUGUUAAGCAAUUGGUUGAUGUUCCAGGCCAUGAGUAUUUCUCAUAUUUAGGGCAAAAGACGCAAAUGGAAGCCGCGAAUCAAGCUAAGGUUGAUGUGGCGGAAGCGACGAUGAAAGGUGAGAUUGGUUCGAAAUUGAGGAAAGGACAAACACUUCAGAAUGCGGCAAAAAUUGAUGCAGAGACGAAGGUUAUUGCUGUGCGGAGAACUGGAGAGGGUGAAAAGGAAGGAAUUAAAGUUAGGAGUGAAGUGAAGGUUUUUGAGAAUGAGAGAGAAGCUGAAGUGGCUCAGGCUAAUUCUGAAUUGGCUACCAAGAAAGCAGCUUGGACUAAAGAAAAUAAUAUAGAAAUACAUUUAGAUUUAACUAGAUACUUUUUUAAGAGCCAAAUUUAAACAAUUUCUUUUAAAAAAUUUG